AAAAGAGGCUGACAGAGUUCUGUUUGAGUGAUCCAGAUGUGAAAUAUAUUGGGAUCCUGGUAGCUGGACAAGUUGGAGCAGGAAAGUCCAGCUUUAUUAACUCUGUCAAUAAUGUCUUUCGAGGGCGGAUCACCUCCUCAGCACUAGCUGUAUUUUGUCUUCUUUUGUAGCUUAAAGGAUUCCCCAUCAGAAGUGGGGGGAGAAAAUUGCCCUUCGUCUUCAAGGACAUCAUGGGUAUGGAACCUGAUGUAUUGGCUGGGUCACAAAAGGGAAGACAUCAUCAACGCUGUGUUUGGACAUGUGAAGGAUGGCUAUAAAUUCAACCAGGAGCAGGCACUCAGUUAUAAUGAUCAACAUUACACCUGUGACCCCAACCUCUCCGACCAGUCUUUCUGCCUGGUUUAUGUCAUAGACGCAAAUACAGUCCAGUUCACAGAUGAUCGUCUUAUUGACAAGUUGAAGAUCAUCCGCCAGAGAAUCAGUGAUAAGGGGAUUCCUCAAGUGAUUGUCAUGACUAAAGUGGAUGAAGCAUGUCCUCUGGUCAAAAAUGAUCUCAGGAAGAUCUACAGAAGCAAGAAGAUAAAAGAGAAGAUGGAGUUGUGCAGUGCUAAAGUGGGUGUGCCGAUGAGCCACAUCUUCCCAGUGAAGAACUACCAUGAUGAGAUCGACACAAAUGAUGACACUGACAUUCUGAUACUAAAGGCACUUGAACAGAUUGUUUAG